UACAAACAUUACAUUGCUACACCUUUCUAGUUCGGUUUAUCAACUGCAACAGAUGCCUAUAACUGCAGCUGGAAUCACUACGUUUCCACAGAGAUUACGACUAAUUAGGACAAAGCAAAUGCACCAAAUUAAACGUAGGAUGAGCAGUACGUUUUCAGGGAGGGAGGAAAUAUGGAGGAACGAGGAGGAAGACGAAGAUGAGGAGAUAAAGAAAGGGUCGACGUGGUGGAUGCCACAUCCUCGAACAGGAAUAUAUUUUCCAGUAGGCCAAGAACGAGUAAUGGAUGACAUACCAAAUGGUGCAGCCUCUCUUCCUCAGACUUAUUGGCUUAGGAGUGAAGAUGGUGUUGACAAACCUGACCCUGAUUUUCCCAUUGCCCAUCAUUUUACUAAUUAUACGUAUCGCUAUUGAUUUAAGGCCAAAUAAUACUAGCUAGCUAGUUACAUAGAGAGGAAAUCUCUUUAGAUUUCGUAUCAUCCAAAAUUAAUCAGUGCUCUUACUACUAAAUACUACGUGACAAAAUAAUGUAUUAUUACAUGGUUUGAUAAGUAAUCCACUAUAUGUAUGUUUGGAAAGAGUAAAUUUCAGAUGCAUAUGGUAAUA